CGAGACUUCGCUUCUGAAAAUCCAGUAUGGGGAUUUUUUUCAAUACGUUUUACGGGUUUGGAUUCAGUUCUUAACUUUCUGAUUGGGAUACUGCUGGAGCGCGAUGCGAAUGCACGCCUAAAAUAACAACUACUACUUACUCUGCUCAACUUCUCGACCAAACCAUGGUAUACUCGAGCCCCAAUAAGAAGCCCUUGAUUGUGGGCACCCGAGCGCCAACGAUGCCGUGCGUGAAUCUGAACGUGAACGCGACGAACCUGCGUAGUACCGCGCAACUAACGUCCCGCUCCCCCGACAGUCGGCAUUUCAUCCGUUCCAAAAGCGCGGCGACCCGGUUGUACAGCCGAACCAUUGCGAACAAAGAGAAGACGGUCACAGUCUCUGCGUUGGCGCGGGCGACCGCACCCAAGGGAUUAUUGUUCGAUGAGGGUGGGCCGCUGGUUUUGGAAGACGACGCCAUCAUGCUGAAGCGCGCAAUAUCCCGUCGCCAGCAGCAGGCCGCCGCGACGGAGCAGGCUUUGAUGAAGCCAAGAAAAGAGGAGGCAAGCGUCGGAUUGGUCAACAUGUCAGCUGGAGCUUCCUCAACUUCUUCAGCAAAAACCUUCUCGCACAGCUUCGAUGUAAAGAACAAACCCACCACUGAUUUGAUUGUGCGCGACCCGAGGGGGCAGGCGGCAGGACAACAAACCUCUUCGACCACCCGCCCGAGCGUCGCACCCGUUGGUUCCGCAGAGACUUGGCGGGCACGGACCCCGACCACGCCCCGUACCAGUUCGAACUCGCGACGACCGUCUUUUAACAACGAAGCCGCUGUUGACGGGGGAAUAGGUUCGACCCCGGAGCCGCAGCGCUUUUCGACCGGCUUGUUCGCACCACGGACUGCAUCGCAGCCGCGUGCACGGGCGUUGUCCGCAGGCAGGGAGGUGCUCAUGGUGUUGCCCGAUACGUGGCAACCGCGGCCGGAGAUGAAAGGGAAUUCUGGAGGAACUGAUGUGAACGCAAAAGCAUCUGCACAUGCGGAAGAGCGAUCUCACGACGACACGCAAAAUGAGGAUGACGACCAUAAAAUCGGAGCCAGUGCAGCGACGACCAACGGUGGGAACGUCCCGGAAAGUGGCACUACUCCAGGGGCUGAAAAGAAUGCAGCAACAUCGUCAAAAAAAAACGACUCAAAGCGAAAGGCGAUGUCUGCCCGCCCGGCGCUUCCGCGCACGGUGCGCUUGCCGCAGACGACUCCGCUUCAUAUUGCGAACAUGGACAAGCCACUCUCCUCUCCGUCAGACUACAGUGAUUUGGUUCCGGAUGAAAUCGUGACCGUCAGCGAUGAAACGCCGACCGAUGAAGAGUACGUCAUUGAGCGGCAGGACGGUACGAAAGUUACGACAACGCGAGAGAGGAAUAACGAUAAGGAUAGGCAGCACAGCAGCCUAGAGCAGGAGGACUUUUCCAUCGCCGCCUUCACCGAAGAGAAACUUGCAGCGCUUGGAUACAGCUCGGACCUGUUUCUCGGUACUAGCUUGAAGCGGCAGUCUGUGACAACGGGUAGACCCGCAGCGUCUACUGGUGGUCGGAAAUCACGACCGCAGUCUGCUGGGGCGGUGUCGUCAAGUUCAGCGUCUGGUAGUGCAGCGCCAUCACCUUCGAAAACCAAAGAAGACAAGAGCAAAACUGCUUGGAAACACAUCAAGAUGGUGAGCCAGCAUCAAAAUACGUACGUCCAAGGGCAAUCUGCAUUGCGACCGAGUUCAGCAGCACAAGCGGGAGGGGGUGUGAAUGGCACAACCACCGCGCCGAACACGACGUCAGAAGAAGAGCAGUCGGACGAAAACCGUGAUAUAGUAGUGAUGCAGGACGACGUCGAGGCCAAGAAGCGGCAGAUGCGGCGUGCGCAGAGUGCGCAGGUGGUUGCAACGCAAAACCGGAUCAUGAUGAGUGCGCUGCAGCCUGCCCAGUUCACCAUGCUCAGCAGCCUGAUGGCAGGCGACGAGAUGAAACCGCUCCCGGCUGUGUAUCAGCCGCAUCAGACGCACAUUCCCCCAGAGGCCCAAGUUCCGGUGGCCGCGUCCCGAAUCACGUCGCAGGGGGGACACUCAGCCUUCAACGAUCAGCAGUAUCGAGCAAAUCCGGUUGUGCCUGUCUUGGACCAACUGCGAUUGCAGGGUGUCAGCAAAACGAAACCGGAAACAAGCAACAGGACAGCCGAUCCGCAAGACCACGCGCUCCGCGUGACGAAAAGCGACAUCGCGCUUCGUGUUGAGAAGGAAAACAAGGCCGAUGCCAGCAUCGCAGAAAACUCUGGCCACGAAACGCUCACAGACGACAAGAAAUCUUCCGAACUGCAAGUGCUCCAAACUCCGCGGCGUUCUACUUCACGAGCGCGUUCCGCCGCUGCGUCGCUCAGUCCCACGCCGGUCUACAAGGCGCCGGUUAGGAAGGUUCUCAAAGUGGUGAUUUGGGAAAAACCGAAAAACAUCAACUUCACGCAGGGCAGCAUCCGGACUCGAUUCCACGACGGGCGGUCCAUCUACCAGACUUUGAACGAGCUGGACCAGGGCGUCACGCAGGUGCGCGACAUUCCGAAAAUCUGGGUGAUUCGAAACGAGAAGGACGGAUCACUCUGGUCGCUGAACAACCGCAGACUCCAUACUUUCAAGCAGUUCUGUCCGGACGAGGAAAUCGAGGUUUAUCUCCUGCAGGAUCCGGCGUAUGUGAUUGGUUUUAACAACCCAAGUCCGGGUAUGGAAGUGUCAGAAUCGAAAUCGACAAAAUCGAAAAACUUGUGAUGCAUAAAAUCGAUACCAGUUGGAGCCUCAGUUUCCAAGUGGCGCAUGACAAAUUUCGGAAGCACUAAAAUCCAGUCUGUCAUGCUGUUUGGGCAAAGAAGACUGCUCCUGUCAUGGUACUCUGGCAGCGCAACGCCUUCCCCUAAACAGGCUUGCCACCGGUCUCAUUUGCUUGCUCCCCAACACAGGCCAUACGUGCUCUACAUUUCACGCAUUACAAAUUUUUCGAUUUUGUCGAUUUCGAUCCUGACAGUUCCAUACCGGGCAAGGGUGUCGAGUUGGUUUCCCCGCGCUGUUUCUGGACGGCGUAUUCAAAGGACGUUUACCGUGCUAUGGCGUUCUCAAACGUUACAUUCUCAACUGUUACGUGGAUUUGUAAUGCAAGAACGGCGAAAGUGAAAGGAGGAAGGAUGCGCCUUUUGCAUUACAGAUUUGGCACAGAUUUAGAUCCUGUUUAGCCCUUCGGAUGUUUGUCAUGCGAAGCAGCUUAAUCGUGGCGAUCUUGGUGGUAAAUUUGCAUGACAAAUCAUGUAACAGUUGAGAAUGUAACAGUUGAGAGCGCCAUACGUGCGGAGGAUUUCCCGGCCCACCCGAUCGUUGACACGAAGAAGUACAAGCGCGCGGUCUCCUCGCCCGCGGUGGUGCGCAUCGAGCCGCCGCCGGCGGUGACGAAGAAGAAACUGGAACGACCGCGCUCCGUGAUCCCGAUGGCGCAAUUAGGAAAGGCGUUCACGCAGCAUCGGGUGAAGUCCGCGAAAAAACCGACGCGCGCGAAGUUGCCCUUCAAGCCGCCGAAGCCGCGGCCGCUGACCAUCGAGGAGGAGAAGGAGGUGAUUGACUCCGUGAAGGAAAUUGGCUCCAGUUUCGCCGAAGACGACGUGGACUACAAACUUUUAUCUCCAAUUGUAGACGAGGUGGAGGAACCGGAGGCGAACAACCUGCAACUCGCGCUCGUGCCACCGGUCCGGGAAAAGCUGAUCCGCGUGCAGAACGAGCGGGUCUACGACGAGAUGCCGGACUGGCUGAAACCGAAGCAGAAGAAGCUCGACCCCCCGCCCCCGUCCGUGGAGGAGGUUCGCGGGGGGCUGUCGGCGCUCGAGCGGUUCGACAGCUCCGUCGUGCAAGAGCACCUGCAUAAGUUCCCGCUUGUGGAGGAGGCCUGGAAGUCCGAAUUUGGGGAACUGGUCACGACAACGGCUAGCAGUGGCGAGGAGGAGCAGCAGAAAAUAACGGAAAGCACAACUGCUGAGCCUGCUUCAACACCUGUGCGAACAAGCAUGAAUUCCUUCCGCAGUCUGUCGCCGUCCAUGCGCAUUAGUCGGGAGAGUCUGCUACGGUCGGCGAAGCAGAAAUCCAGCCCAUCGAAGCAAGCAGCAUCGACUGCGGCGGUAGAAACGAAGUCCGCCGCACCGGGGGCGCUACUGCGGAUCAUGACAGCCUUGCAGAAGUUUGGAAAGCGCGGGGUGCCGUCGGAACUGUUGUGAGGUUUUUCCUCAGAGGGCAAGCGCAAAGCGAUAAAAAUGAAUGUGACGUCGAUACUAGUACGAUACUACGAAGCUUCUGGCUCUGUCUCAGAAUGAAGACCUAACACAAGCAGGUCACGGAUUUUUUUCUAGCAUCUACUUUUUGAAUUUGGACCAUUUGACUUUAUUUGAAUUACAUGAUUAUCAUAGGCACUAGCACACCCACACACCGACACAAUGUAUACCAUUUUUGUUCACUAUGCAUUGGAUAGCAAUAUUAGUACCAGGAAAGUAUCUGCACAGUCUGAUGGAUGAUAGAUGAUGUAGUUGAUGUGGUUUCCCUGUACAUAAAUUUUGGAACAGCUGUAGCACGAAAAGUUGAAAAAUUUUAAUUGAAUAGCCGCAACAAAGCGUACACAGGAAAAAACUGCACAGUGUCCCUCCCUCUGUUGACCAAGAGAU